ACGCGCCGCAGCAGUGACGUGACAUUGGCGGCCGAAACUUCGUAGUGGCUGGGCCUCUGCCUACAGACCUUCCGUUUUCCGUGGCCCGAGCUCCCGGCAUCGCCAAGCAGCGACGCGCGGACUCCCGCAUCACAGUCCUGGCCCGCGAAUGCCUGGCAGCCGCGCGCCAUCUUCACAGAGCGCCAUGGCCGCAGUCGGUGGGCCCGGAGCCGUAGGACGCUGCCAUCUCUUCGGCCUCCUUUUGCUUCUGUUGAUUGGGGGCCCUGUCCUGGGCUGGAACAACCCUGACAGAAUAUUGUUGCGGGAUGUAAAAGCUCUUACCCUCCAUUAUGACCGCUAUACUACCUCCCGUAGGCUGGAUCCGAUCCCACAGUUGAAAUGUGUUGGAGGCACAGCUGGAUGUGAUUCUUAUACCCCAAAAGUCAUACAGUGUGAGAACAAAGGCUGGGAUGGCUAUGAUGUACAGUGGGAAUGUAAGACCGAUUUAGAUAUUGCAUACAAAUUUGGAAAAACUGUGGUGAGCUGUGAAGGCUAUGAAUCCUCUGAAGACCAGUAUGUACUAAGAGGUUCCUGUGGCUUGGAGUAUAACUUAGAUUACACGGAACUUGGCCUGAAGAAAGUGAGAGAGUCUGGAAAAAAUUCUUUCUCUGAUUAUUAUAAUAAGUUGUACUCCCCAGUUUCCAGUGGCAUCAGUGGAUUGAUUACCAUCGUGGUGCUACUUGCUGUUGCCUUUGGAGUGUAUAAGUUAUUCCUUAGCGAUGGUCAAGAUUCUCCUCCACCAUAUUCUGAGUAUCCUCCAAAUUUCCAUCAUCAUCAGAGAUUCACCAACUCAGCAGGACCCCCUCCCUCAGGCUUUAAGCCAGAGUUCACAGGACCACAUGGUGCAACUUCUGGUUUUGGCAGUGCUUUCACAGGACAACAAGGACAUGCAAAUUCAGGACCAGGUUUCUGGACUGGCUUGGGAACUGGAGGAAUAUUAGGAUAUUUGUUUGGCAGCAAUAGAGCAGCAACACCCUUUUCAGACUCGUGGUACUACCCAUCUCAGCCCUCGUACUCCAGCACGUGGAAUAGACGUGCUUACUCACCUUUUAAUGGAAGCUCAGAUAGCCAUUCGGCAUGUUCAAGUUCAGAGACAAAAUCCAGAACAGCAUCAGGGUAUGGUGGUACCAGAAGACGAUAAAGUAAAAAGUUGAAGUCAAACAUUGGAUGCAAAAUUACUGAUUUUUCAUCACUUUCUCUUAAAAAAAAAAGUGCUACCUGCUAACAGCUGGGGAAAGGAAUAUUCAAAAGCUCUAUAGUGUUUUAUCCUAUAUAGCUUCUUAUAGUCUAUUAUUUGAUACUAAGAGUUGAUAAUACGACAAAAUGCUUAUGUAGAAAAUUGUAUAUUAGUGUAACAUGCAGAUAUUUAAUACAGUGUUUGAAAGUGAAGAUUACUGUGGAAUGCUGAAAAUGUAUUGUUUAAUUUCUAAAACCUGUGAUGCUAUGAGAAGCAUUAAGAGUGAAGGCUUUCUACCAGUAGACUCUGGGUACAGAAAAUUUCAGUCUGGUUUGAGUUAAUGAGUCAUUACUUCAUACAAACAAUAAUAGUCUAUUUGGUAUUUAGUAUUUGGUGUUUGCUGUUUUUCAAACUUUUAAACCAAGCUUUGGACUACUGAUUUACGAACCUGUGGGAUUUGAUCACUUUUGAGCUCAGGAACUUUGAAUUCUUCUGUAGUGGUGGGGAGGAGGGGGUUCUGGUAAGUGUGAAUUACUUUUUUUAGGAAACGAUAGAAAAAAUAAGUACCUAGAAUGUGAAUGAUUGUGUGCUGACAAAAAUUUUUGAAAUCCCCAUACUCAUUUCUUAAAAGAUAAAGUUCAUGUGCUUCAACAAAGGUCUUUUAAUAUCAAAGGCAUGCAGUUCACUGUGGAAUCUCAAAUUUUGUUGUAGCAGUCUGUUUUGGUCUUACAUUAAAAUGAUGAAAACAAACCAA